CUGCUGGCCAGGAGGAAGCUCUACAUCGCGUCGGCCGUCUGCCUCGUCUUCAUGGUCGGCGAGGUCAUAGGUGGCUACCUGGCCCACAGCCUGGCCAUCAUGACUGAUGCGGCCCACCUCCUGACAGAUUUUGGCAGCAUGAUGGUGAGCCUGUUCUCCCUGUGGAUCUCCUCCAGACCGCCCACCAAAACCAUGAACUUCGGUUGGCACCGAUCAGAGAUCCUCGGGGCAUUCAUCUCCGUCAUCUCCAUCUGGAUCGUGACGGGGGCUCUGGUCUAUUUAGCCAUCGAGAGGAUCGUACGCGACGACUACGAGAUUAAUGGCCACGUAAUGUUAGUCACCUCCUGCUGUGCCGUCAUCGUCAAUAUAGUGUGAGUGGUUCUCAGCAUGAUGGCCGUCAUGUCGCUCCCCGCCCCCGCCGCCGCCCACGGCCACUCCCACGGCCACUCCCACGCGCUCCUCGGCGGCCACAGCAACACGAGCGUCCGCGCCGCCUUCAUCCACGUGGUCGGAGACCUGCUGCAGAGCGUCGGCGUCAUGGUGGCGGCCAUCAUCAUCUUCUUUCGGCCAGAGUACAAAAUUGCGGAUCCCAUCUGCACGUUCCUGUUCUCCGUCUUCGUCCUCUGCACCACCGUCACCAUCCUCAGCGACGUCUUCAGGAUACUCAUGGAAGGCGCUCCUAAAGGAAUAGAGUUUAACUCGGUGAAGGAGGUGCUGCUCUCUGUGAAGGCCGUGAAGUCGAUGCACUCUCUGCACCUCUGGGCUCUGACUCUGGGCCAGGCACUGGUGUCUGUCCACGUUGCCAUAGAGGAGGGCGCCGAUGCUCAGUCGGUGCUGCAGGAGGCCACCGAUCUGCUCCACACCAAGUUUGGUUUCCACAGCAUCACCAUCCAGGUGGAGCUGCACUCUGAAGACAUGAGCCACUGCUCCCAGUGCCAGGACCCCAGUGACUGA